UAUGGAAUAGAUUAGAUAAUUAUAGGGACGCUGGACGGAUGUUCUUUAUUUUAUGCAUGCUUUUGAUUGUACCUGCUUGAUUGUGCGUAUUGAUUAUGAUGGAAAAAAAUAACUCAAAAGAAGACGCAAAGUCCAUGUGUCUUAUAAGUAAUCAACCGGUACAUUUGGAUAAAGAUAUCAAAAGUUUCGAAACAGUAAGUUCUAAAUAUUUGAUAACCAAACCAGUAAAUUUGGACGACGCUAUCGAAAUUGUUGGAUUUGGGAGUUUUCAUUACUACAUAUUAUUCAUUUGCGGAUCGCUUAUCGCAGCAAUCUCCAUGAGCGUGGCGUCAGUGUCUUUCAUUAUACCGGCAGCACAAUGUGAUUUCCAAAUGACAUCCGUACACAAGGGAAUCCUCAAUGGAGCAUCGAUGAUAGGAAUGUUCUUCGGAUGUUUUAUUUCGGGUUACAUGGCGGAUUCCAAAGGCAGAAAGUAUACAUUGGUCGUCUGCAUGAUGAUCGAUGGUAUCUUCAACCUCAUAUCUAGCGUGUCUCAGAUUUACACAGUGUUAAUAUUCUGCAAGUUAAUGAGCGGAUUUGGGGUGUCUGGGAUAACUGUGUUCUAUUCAUACCUUGGAGAGUUCGUGAACAACAAAAAUCGUAAAAAAUUUAUAUGUUGGAUGGAAUUGUUUUGGACAUUUGGUGUAAUAUUACUUCCAUGUAUAGCAUGGUUAGUUUUACCACAAACAUUCAGAAUCGAAUACGGUUUCUUUUUGUUCAGGUCAUGGAAUUUAUUUGCUGUUAUUUGUUCUCUUCCGAGCAUAAUAUUUUCAUGUUUGUUGGUUAAAUUGCCGGAAAGUCCAAAGUUCUUACUCGCCAAGGGUAAACACGACGAGACCAUGGAUUGCUUGAAAUUCGUUUAUAGAUGGAAUAAUAAUACCGACGAUGAAUUUCCGGUAACUUCAUUGAUGUUACCUGAUUGUAUUAACAAACAGAAUAGUAGCUUUUUUAAUGGACUCUACAAGAGCAUUCUGGAGCUGUUUACGUCUCAAUACAAAUUUGUAGCGAUUAUUACAUGUGUGAUACAAUUUUGUUGCUCUGCUAGCUUUUACAUGAUGGUUUUGUGGUUCCCAGAGCUGAUGAAUAGAUUUCGAUGGUAUGAAACAUUAUAUUCAGGUCCCAAAAAUAUGACAAAUAUGUGUGAAAUUGUAUCUCUGUUUAAAAUUGAACCAGAAGAGAUAGAUCUCAAAUGCAAUGACGAAAUCGAUCAAUCUGUUUACGAGAACAUUCUCAUCAUCGGCAUAGCUUGUAUACCUACAAGUAUUAUUGUACCGCUCUUCGUCAACAGAUUUGGAAUUAAAUUUUUUUUAGUUCUAAGUUUUUUUGGGUCAGGUUUUUUCGCCGCUUGUUUGUACUUCAUUUCAUCUUCGUUCGAAAAUAUCGUGUUAUCUUCCGUAUUUGAAGCACUUUCCAGCAUUGGUAUUGGUCUAGUAUUUUGCAUAGGUGUUGAAAUAUUUCCAACAGAAUAUAGGGGCGUUGGCGUUUCUAUUGGUUCCAUGUUUGGCAGAAUAGGUGCAGUUCUUGGCAACAUCGUAGUUGGUGUAUUUAUAGAUGCACAUUGUAUGGUUCCUAUUUUAGUAUCGUGCUCUCUUUUGAUAAAAACAGCAAGUUCUAAAUAUUUGAUAACCAAAUCAGUAAAUUUGGACGAAGCUAUCGAAAUUGUCGGAUUUGGGAGUUUUCAUUACUACAUAUUAUUCAUUUGCGGAUCGCUUUUCGCAGCAAUCUCCAUUAGCGUGACGUCUGUGUCUUUUAUUAUCCCGUCAGCACAAUGUGAUUUUCAAAUGACAUCUGUCCACAAAGGAAUCUUAAAUGGAGCAUCGAUGAUAGGAAUGUUAUUCGGAUGUUUUAUUACGGGUUACAUGGCAGAUUCCAAAGGCAGAAAGUAUACAUUGGUCGUCUGCAUGAUGAUUGAUGGUAUCUUCAACCUCAUAUCUAGCGUGUCUCAGAUUUAUCCAGUGUUGAUUUUCUGCAAGUUAAUGAGUGGAUUUGGGGUGUCUGGUUUUACAGUACUCUAUUCAUACAUUGGAGAGUUCGUCAACGGCAAAAAACGCGAACAAUUGCUUUGUUGGAUGGAAAUGUUUUGGACAUUUGGUGUAAUAUUACUUCCAUGUAUAGCAUGGUUAGUUUUACCACAAACAUUCAGAAUCGAAUACGGUUUCUUUUUGUUCAGGUCAUGGAAUUUAUUUGCUGUUAUUUGUUCUCUUCCGAGCAUAAUAUUUUCAUGUUUGUUGGUUAAAUUGCCGGAAAGUCCAAAGUUCUUACUCGCCAAGGGUAAACACGACGAGACCAUGGAUUGCUUGAAAUUCGUUUAUAGAUGGAAUAAUAAUACCGACGAUGAAUUUCCGGUGACUUCAUUGAUAUUACCUGAUUGUAUUAAUAAACAGAAUAAUAGCUUCUUUAAUGGACUCUACAAGAGCAUUCUGGAGCUGUUUACGUCUCAAUAUAAAAUUGUAGCUAUGAUUACAUGUGUGAUACAAUUUUGUUGUACUGCCAGCUUUUAUAUGAUGGUUUUGUGGUUCCCAGAGUUGAUGAAUAGAUUUCGAUGGUAUGAAACAUUAUAUUCAGGUCCCAAAAAUAUGACAAAUAUGUGUGAAAUUGUAUCUCUGUUUAAAAUCGAACCAGAAGAGAUAGAUUUCAAAUGCAAUGAUGAAAUCGAUCAAUCUGUUUACGAGAACAUUCUCAUCAUCGGCAUGGCUUGCAUACCUACAAGUAUUAUUGUGCCACUAUUAGUCAACAGAUUUGGAAUUAAAUUUUUCUUAGUGGUUUGUUUUUUGGGGUCGGGGUUAUCUGACGCUUGUUUGUACUUCAUUACGUCUUCAUUCGAGAAUAUCGUGUUAUCUUCCGUAUUUCAAGCUCUUUCCAGCAUGGGAUUUGAACUAGUAUUUUGCAUAAGUGUUGAACUGUUUCCAACAGAAUAUAGGGGCGUUGCCAUAUCUAUUGGUUCCAUGUUCGGCAGAAUAGGUGCAGUUAUUGGCAACAUCGUAGUUGGUGUAUUUAUAGAUGCACAUUGUAUGGUUCCUAUUUUAGUAUCGUGCUCUCUUCUGAUAAUUUCAGGGAUUUUAGUAUUGACGUUACCAACAACUGGAAGGAUCGCCAUAAAAUGAAAAUAUAAUAUUAGGAGAGAGAACUUUGAACUUGUAUCAUUAAAAAAAUAUUAUAUCCCUUUUUUUCAAUUUUAAAAAUGCAAAUUUUAAAUACAUUUAUUAAUUUAUUUUUGUUCGUAAAAAAAUAAAUGUAUUCAUAAUGUAUUAUACUAUUAUGUGAGUAAAUAAAUAUUUAUUUAAUUUGAUAAACAAAGAUUUGUGAAGAAAUAUACAUACGCUUUAAUACGUUGGCACUAUGUCGAGAUACUUUC